CGUCACUACAGGUGUGACAAAUUGUUCAUCUUAAUGUGAAGGGCGUUUAAAAUAUAAACACCCUGGCUAGUAAUGAAGGAUUUCGUUGACUAAAAUAUAUUUUUUUGGAAAUAUUUAUCGUGAGUUUAUUAAAGAUGAUGUCCGACAGCCAAUAUCAAGCGGAAGUUGACGACGGGACGGCUAACGGAGAUAAAAGGAACAGCGCGGCAACUAUCGAGCACGAGGAAGUACACAUUGACCUGUCCACGAAGAAACAGCCCGUGAUAAGCACGGGCAAAUCGGACAAACCCGGAGUCAAGUACGCGAACUCAAACGAUGGCACACUGACGACCAUCGUUGUACAGAAACCCGACCCCAGCCGGAAGCCUAAAGACUUUGUGAUGACCUCCUGCAUUGUGAUCAUGUUUUGCAAUUUCGUCUUCGGCAUCGCUGGCUGGCAUUUCGGACUGAGGGCAAACAACGCCUGGCAACUCGGAGAUGAAUCAGAAUGCCGACAACACGCGAAGAAGGCGAAAAUCUUCGUGAUUUGCGGUAUAAUUACCGGAAUUAUUACCUGGGUUCUGGCGCUGACGCUUUUCUUCACCAUAUCUCCGCUACGCCCGUGAUCGGGACCUCGUCUGUAGUUUGGUUCCGUCCGACCUCUCAUUAGAUCCAACGGUUAUUAUUAUAACGCAACUUGAGCCAGUCUAGACCACACCCAUUAUGACGUCAUUUUAGGCAACUGGUGUGGUGCCAUUCAUUGAAGGCACUGUGUGUGUGUGUCUGUAUUUCGAAGUUAUUGAGGUCCAUACGCGCACGAGGCUGCAUUAGCCACGUGAGGACCAGAUUGUCUCCGAGCACUUCUGCCUAACUAACUAUUUUAAGCGCGGAAGUUUGGACGAAUUUUGACUAAUCAGAUCUGCAAGUGCCAUAUUAUCAACAACCUAAAGUCAUGCCUAACAGGGAAGACAGUUGCGUGUAGGAUCAGCAGCCGAGCACCAAGUGUCAAACUAAGGUGUUCACAAUAGCAUGUAUGAAUAUCAACUUUAAAAGUUAUAAUGUGUAUUUCUAAGUGGAAUGCAUGCUGUAAGAGAAUACCAUUAGUUUAUUUUUGUGCUUGACAUGCAAAAUGUGCUUUAAUUUUAAUUUAUUUUUACCUUGAUGUUUACCAAUAAUGAAUGAAUAUGCACAGGGACCUAUGCAAACACAGUAUAGGUCCCUGAAUGAUAUGCAUUAACUAUAAAACUUACUAAUUUGGUUGGCAGCUCUUUUACUGCAGAAAAAAUGGUGUGCUGUUGGUAUAUGUGACUUUAAAUUGGAGCUACACUGUAUGCUCAUAAUCAAAGGCUUUUUUAAGAUUUAAAAAUUUAAGACAAAAAUACUUUAAGAGUUAAACUAGCAGUUUUGAUUCAACCUCCCAUUCGUUUUAACAAUUAAUGACAGAAAGUGCUUUUAGCUAUAACUGUUUCUCAAACAAUAUAUGUCGCUGUUUGUUACUUAUAUGAUAGUAUUUAUUUACAUUUAUUUACGUGUAGAUUGAGC